GUGGGACGUUUAUUGACAACAUGGCCGCUUGGCAGGCUUUGAAUUUGGAGACGUUUGUAAUUUAACCGAGCUCGCCGGGUGAGAUACUCUGCAACUCUCUCAGCCCAGGAGGGUUCGCACCCCAUGCAUUUGGAUGAAGAGAACCGUGGAACCCGGAGGUGGUGACAGUGAGCUGACGGAACGUACACAGAGUCCAGCCCGUCAUGUCGUUUUUCAAGAAGAAAGCCAAAAGCAAAGAACAAGAAAGGGUGACAGAAGUUAAAGUCAGUAAAGCUGCGGCCAGCCCUCGCUCUCCGUCCCAGGCCCUGAGAAAUCAUCAUGCUAUCCAGGAGGCUUCUGGCCCCAGUCAUGUGGCCAUCAAUGCCAUUUCUGCAAACAUGGACUCUUUUGCCCGGGGUCGCACCGCCAUCCUCAAGAAGCAGCCAAGUCACAUGGAGGCAGCACAUUUUGGUGACUUGGGUCACUCUUGUGUGAACUACCAGCCGCAGGAGACACGCUGUCGUCUUUCUAAGACCGUGGAGCAAGUGUUGCGGGACAAUGUGGCCAUUCCGCACUACAUGCAUUUUAUGGAACUGCAAGGAGCAGACCACCUAGUUCGGUUCUGGUUGGAGGCUGAGAGUUUCCGCUCCACCAGCUGGUCAAGGGUGCGAGCUCAUAGCCUCAACUCAGUCAAACAUAGCUCUUUGGCUGAACCUGUCUUGGCCUGUGGCGACACGUUGGAGCUAACGGAACUUUCCACAAAUGCUACAAACUCCCUCACCAGCGACACAAUCAGAGAACGGCCGUUAGAGUUGCGGGACUCCUCGAGUAUGGAAUCGGACCUGAAACCCAGCACUCCUCGAGCAGAGACUCCCAGUAGACAAACGACUUCAAGGACCGGGACCCCCAGCAAGAUGCAGCCGAACAACACACUUGGAGAACUCUCUGACAAACUAAUGAAAAUUAUAGAGAAAGAAGCAGUUACCAUUUUUACAAAGUAUAUUUCUCCAGAUGCCUUAAAGCCCAUCCCAAUCACAGAGCAGAUCAGAAACGACAUAGUUGCAAAAAUAUGCGGCGAGGAUGGAAUGGUGGACCCAAACAGCUUCGUCAUUGCACAGCUGGUGGUCUUCAGCAUCCUGGAACAACAGCACUUUAGUGAAUUCCUGCGGAGCCAUCAUUUCUGUAAAUACCAGAUUGAAGUAUUGACGAGUGGCUCGGUGUUCCUGGCUGAUAUCUUGUUCUGUGAGUCAGCUCUCUUCUACUUCUCUGAGUAUAUGGAGAAGGAGGAGGCCAUGAAUGUAUUGCAGUUCUGGCUAGCAGCAGAUAAUUUCCAGAAUCAACUGGCAGCUAAGAAGGGCCAGUAUGAUGGCCAGGAGGCCCAGAAUGAUGCAAUGAUCCUUUAUGACAAGUAUUUCUCUCUCCAGGCCACGAACCCUCUUGGUUUCGGUGACUCUGUGCGGAUGGAGAUCGAAUCCAAUAUUUGCAGGGAAGGUGGUCCUCUUCCUGACUGCUUCACAACUCCUCUCAGACAGGCCUGGACCACCAUGGAGAAGGUUUACAUGCCAGGCUUCCUAUCCAGUAACCUUUACUACAAGUAUCUGAGUGACCUCAUCAACUCUGUUCGGGCAGAUGAGUUUGUCAGCUCCGCAGGCGGCCCAACUGAUGCCGACCGUUCCAGUUCAAAUGUCAGUGACGGCCCUCAGACGCAGGCUGGUGCCAAGAAGGCAGUAAUAAAGAUUUUGAAGAACUUUGAUGAGGCGAUAACAGUGGACUCGGCCAGUCUGGACCCAGAAUCUUUAUACCAGCGGCCAUAUGCUGGGAUGACUUUUGGGAGGGUGAACGAGCUUGGACAGUUUAUCAGGGAGGCAGAGCCGGAACCUGACGUAAAGAAGUCAAAAGGCUCCAUGUUUUCUCAAGCCAUGAAGAAGUGGGUUCAAGGCAACUCCAAUGAGGCCCAGGAAGAAAUGGCAUGGCAGAUUGCGAAGAUGAUUGUGAACGAUGUGGUCCACCAAUCAAAUCACGACAGCCCUGUAAAGUCCACCAAGUUAUGACCCGAUAAGAAGCCGAAGUCACUCCGUAUGGUUAGUGGACCAAACAAGCGGGACUGUUCUCACAGUCCACCCUGCUCCUAUGCUGCAGCAGAAGCACAGCAUUAACGCUCCUCCACUUCCACUGGACUACAGAGGAUGUACUCAACUGGUGAUGCAUCGAUGCUUGAAGGUUACAUUUUUUUGGACUGAAUCAAGUUCUGACUUUGACUAAGGUACAUUUGGCUGCCUGACAUUACACACUCCUGAAGAACAAAAGGUUUUCUCACAGAGCUGUCAGAUGCUUGAAGUGGCUUCCGAUGAAUCCAUGGCUGCUGCUGAAACGUCUUAUCUCAAACUAGUUGAGGAUGCUGCAGAUCACCAAAGUAGCGUCCAUCUGUGCAGGGUUGUAACCCAUUCCUGAUUUUCAGAAGAGCGUCAUGCAGUUAAGCUCACCGGGACUUGCUAUCUGUUGAGUAGAAUAAGCCGUACUGCGUUGGUUGUUCUUGUGCUGUCGUAUAUCAAGACGUGACAGUGAAACACAGGAACGGCUGUGUUGGCUCCAGCAGACCUCCUCUAGACAACCUUUAGGCACCUUUUCAAAAGAUGAAACCAUAAAAUACUCCUCUAUUAUAUAAACUGAUCCACUUGUGUUGGAAAAAAGAAUCCAUGUUUUAAAUGUUCUAAAUAUAUAUAUAUACAACUAUGUCUCCUUUUCUUGCUCACCCCAUAUCAUUUUCUUUUAUUAUUGUUGGCCAUGGCUUUUACAAUUUAUUUCAAUUACACAUUCAAACCUCUGGACUGGAAGAGUGCUCACAGAAUUAAAACAUUUUAAAAGAUACAUUUCUGUUUAUCCUUCUUUCGGUGUGGAUAAGAACCAGAAAAGACUCUUGGUACCAUGUACCACUAAUGUUUUCUGAUAUGUAUGUGGAAUCUAUAAUAUAUUUCAAUUGUGUUUGAUUAAAAUGCAUAUAUUAUGCAAGUGUCUUUGUAUUCCCUUUAUGACAGGACAGUGUUUUUGUGUUUUCAUUCAUCAAAGUAGGGCAGUAUUUGUCGACGCCAACUGUACUUCUUUGUGUGUGAAUCAGAAACCGUCAAAUGUUUUGCCUCCCAUUAUCAAACCUUAUGUUCAGUCAAACUUGGGCAUUUCACCUUGUUUAUUAUAUAAAUCUGACGCCGUCUGUGCAAAUGUUGUGAAUUGCAAUUCGGUUUUCAUUUUCCUAGAGGCAGAAGUAAUGACAAAUGACCGCCGUCAUGCCUGGCUCGUACGUGGUCUGUUGCUGCAGCAGGCAGGCAGGUCUACAGCGUGUUUUUCCCAGAGAAAUUCACGUUUUUGUCAUUUUUACAUUGUGAUGUAAAAUUGAUGCCUUUGCUGUCAAUAUAGAACGCAUAAGUCCACUUUCCCCAAUAUAUGACGCCUUGGUUGGACCCAUGACGCUCAUCAGCCAAGACUUCAGUUGAACUCAUUUGCUUUUAUUUUUUAAUAUUUAUAUGGCUAUGUUAAUGCCAUGUUUUCUUUCCUUGUUUGUUCUGACAUUUUUGUGCAUAACGUACAUCUGUGGGUCAAAACACAACUGCAAUAAAAGUGAUCCCAUUUUAAUUCCAAAACAAAAAGAAAAGCAGCUGUCUGAAGCAAAUACAUGAGGUUAUUGAGAAUUUUUUAUCCUAACAUUGACCUCUUUCUCCCUCUCAGACGAACCUCAUCCAGCUUCUUAAGCACAGCUGAGGACUUUUUGGAGGACACAGAGUAGCUCUCCAGCAGCUUCUGAAACAGCUUCUCCGUGUUGGGAUGUGUACUGAGAAAAGCCUUCUCCAGCACAUACAAGUCAACCCCUUUGUCCUCCGGCAGAGAGGAGAUGUAACUCAAGCCAAAGUCGAUGAGGAUCAAGUCCAAGUCUGGUCCCUCCUCCGCUCGGUGCCUCACAAGCAUGUUAGAGGUGGUCAGGUCGCCGUGGAUGACAUCCUCAUCAUGCAUUUUGGCAAGAAUGCUGCCCAUCUUCUGAGCCAGGACCUCCAGAUCCUGACAGUCUGAGUGCUGAAAGGAUGCAAUGUGAUCUCUCACAGUGGUGGUGCCCAGGACCUCUUCCAUGAAGAUGCUGUGUGAACUGUAGUCCACAAAGUAGACCACGGGUGCCAGUAUACCUGCAAGAGGGGAAGACAGAUUGUAAAGAAAACAACCACUUGAGGGCAUUCGCUCAAAUCAAUGAUUUUUGGAGGUUGUACCCGCCUGUAGUGACAACGUCCAAAACACAAAACAUCUGACUUUUUUAUUUUAUCAUCACUAACUGUAUAAAACAACUUAGUUUAAACUAAUAUAUUGAACACCAAUAUAAUUCUGGUGUCCACUCAUAGUUAUAUGUCGAUCCGGAAUCCGACUGGGAUCGGUUCCGACCAACCGGUCGUAUGUCAGAUUGGACGUAAGUGGAAUGCCAUUCAAAAUAGCUGACGCGAGGGUUAUAGGUGCUACUGUAGUGGUAGAUCACUGUGUGAG